AAGAACAACAGGAUAUCUCUAGAACUAAUGAGAGUAAUAAUACUCAAACUAGUAUACUAAAAAGAAUAGAGAAAACAACUCUAAAUACUGAAAAUACAAACAUGGCAGAUAAUACUACCUCUAAUAAAAAAAUAGCUCAAGAAGUAACCUCUCCUAUG